GGGGCGCCUUUUACGACGCGACGGUGGCCGCAGCGCAGCGCUUGGCGGCCGGAGCGGAGUGGGCGCUUGUGGUGGCGGCGGCGGCAGCGGCAGCGGCGGCGGGGCAGGGGGCUCGCGCGGGCGACAGCGUCGCCAUGUCGCACGGCCACAGCCACGGCGGGGGUGGCUGUCGCUGCGCUGCGGAGCGUGAGGAGCCGCCGGAGCAGCGCGGCCUGGCCUACGGUCUGUACCUGCGCAUCGACCUGGAGCGGCUGCAGUGCCUCAACGAGAGCCGCGAGGGCAGCGGCCGCGGCGUCUUCAAGCCGUGGGAGGAGCGCACCGACCGCUCCAAGUUUGUUGAAAGUGAUGCUGAUGAAGAACUUCUGUUUAAUAUCCCAUUUACAGGCAAUGUCAAGCUCAAAGGCAUCAUUAUAAUGGGAGAGGAUGAUGACUCACACCCUUCGGAAAUGAGACUGUACAAGAACAUUCCACAGAUGUCCUUUGAUGAUACAGACAGGGAACCAGAUCAGACAUUUAGUCUGAAUCGGGAUCUCACAGGAGAAUUAGAAUAUGCUACAAAAAUCUCUCGUUUUUCAAAUGUUUAUCAUCUCUCAAUUCAUAUUUCAAAGAACUUCGGAGCAGAUACUACAAAGGUUUUCUAUAUUGGCCUGAGAGGAGAGUGGACUGAGCUUCGCCGGCAUGAAGUGACCAUCUGCAAUUAUGAAGCAUCAGCUAACCCAGCAGACCACAAGGUCCAUCAGGUUACCCCUCAGACUCACUUCAUUUCCUAAGGGAGGGCCAAGGCUCCCACAGAGGAGCUGUGUGGAUGAAGACAUGACAACCUGUUGGGAAGGAUAAGGAAUGUGGCUGCAGAGAGAGUUGGCUGCUACAGUCUCUGCCAAGUUUUGUCUUUGGGGCUUCCUGCAGAAACCUGGCUUAUAGAAGAGUCCACACCACCAAGGGAGGGUUGUGUGGGUGUGAAAGGACAAUCAUGGCUCUCUGGGGCACUACAAAAAUUGGGUCUUGAGCUGGUCGACAUCUGAAAGUCAUGGAUAAUGUCUGUCUUUCCAGUUGGUGUGGCCAUGGUAUCCCAAGUAUUUUGUUGCUUUGUGGCAGGAUUUUUAUGUGACUUUUUUUUUUCUUAAUGGAAAUUAUUCCUGGGCUGCAGUAAACGUCUCUGAAGCCUAAGCAUUGUGUUAGUAUUAGCCGCCAGGAGGGCCUCCAGCUAGAAGUGCUUGUCCAUGCUUGCUCCUCCCUGUCAUCAUUCAGCAUUCUUGUCAAGUUGCCCAGCUUGGAGUUAGCUUUCACAUACAAGAGUCCUGUGAUUAUUGUUCAAGAGCAGGAAUCUUCUGACAGUGCUUAGUAGCUUGGGGAAAAAAUGUCUUUUUCCCCCCUACUGCCUCGGUAAGCAGUAUAGAAUGGGAAUCAUCUCUGUAUUUGUGGGUACUCUUGUCAUGCUAAGAUUGACAUUUAGGUAAGAUUCCCUUGGGAUAUUCCUGUUUAUUAGCUUAUAACUUAGUGUUGUAAACUCAGUGCCAGAAUUUGGAGAUCUUAGUUCUUCUGUUCAAGGCUUUUUAUUCACUGUGACUAAUAAGCUUAAUAAAUCCUUGCCAGACUUAAA